AUGGAGCUUUCCGGCAUAGAAAAGGAAGUUUUUAGUCCCCCAAUCUUUCAGUUCUUCUCUAAAAUUCCAUGUUCUUACGACAACGACGAUGAGGACGAAGAUGAAUUAGCCGAAAUCACCCUUACUCAAGAGGAGGAGGAACUCUACCGACCCCUUUACGAUCGACUGGUAAAUCAUGAGAAGGUUAAAAUGGUUGUCUGCGAGGGACCGAUAUCCCAAAACAAAACAAGCACAGCACUAAAACAGGCUGAAUCCAAUCUUCAAAGACUUAAUUCAGAAAUCUUUACAGUUUCAAAGUUCUACAACUCUACGUAUUAUCUUCUCAUAUCUUCACGAGUUCCUGGCGCCCACAGUUUCUGUCACGAAUACUCUAAUGAUGCAGGUUGGCUGGCUAUUACUGCAAGUAGAUGGACUUUAAAGGCGCAGUUUGAAGCCUAUAGCCAAGCCAGAGAACUUCAAGAAGUGUUGGAGAAAAGUGUUGGUGUAUCCAUUGUCAAAAAAAAGAAAAAACCUUCCGAUGAACUCAAGGAAAAGCUCAGGGAGGCUUUAAAUACUACACUGGCUUCAGCAAGGGGACUCCCUGUUAAAAGUAAAGAGUGUGUAUUUCCAAAAACCAAAGACCCAGCUGCUGGGUUAAAAAAACUCGAUAGUCGUUUGGAGAUUGUUAGAUCUGAGCAAUCAACCCUCAGUCUGGAAUUAUUAAAGCUAGGCUUUGAAGGUUUAAAACUUGAACAAAAGCGCCUGUGGCUAGCAGAUAUUCAAAGUGGGGCCUUCAAAGUUCAACUUGUAGAAUAA